UGUCUUUCCUCCGAGUUCAGUCGAUGCGUGUUCGUGGAUGAGUGUAGCAGCAGAAAAUAGAUAAAGUGAAAAAAUGGUGAACUAUAACUUCAACAAAACUCUUUCUACGGAAAGACUGGUGCACCAAACGGACGAAAAUUACAAAGUUUCGUUCUUCAAAAUGUUUAAGAGUCUUAUUGUGACUCUCCUUCUCGGAGGAAACAUAAUCUACGUGCAAUACCUCCUGUUCUACCAUGAUGAAAUCAACUGGAGUUAUCCCGAGCCGGCAUAUCUCACAACUCUCGUAAUUUACUUCCUCAGCGCUGCCAUAAAUAUGUGCUUCAGCAUUCGCAUCCACAAAAUGAGCGAAAACUCAAACGAUUCGUGCAAUUUCGUGACAAAACUCAUAGUGACCGGUGUACUUAUCGCAGUUCAUAUUUAUUUUUCCGUGUUCAUGCACGCGAAUCUCCAAAAAAGUGAGACAAACUCAAGCGGGUUCGACAAAGUGGUUACAAUUUUCGUGGCUGUGAUCUUCCUAUUUCUCCAGAUUACAUCAUUUCUGAACCACGUUUCAGUGGCUCAGUAUGCUGUCCAGUGCAGAUUCGCUUCUAGCGAUUCAAAGCGAAUCAAAUUUUUUAAACAAAUGGUGGAGGCGGAAGCCGAUGCUGAUCUGAUCAGCACCCUCGACUGCUAUCUGCGUGCUGCUCCUCAACUCAUUGUCCAAUUUGCUGCAAUCGUCCACAACAAAUGGAGUUUCGACCAAAUCCCCGUUCUUCAAAUAUUUUUUAUUUUCAUCGCUUUCGCAAUAACACCCUGGUCCAUCACCUCGUUUAAUGGCUCCCUCCGAAAGCAACAGCGUUGUGAAAUCAGGUGGAAAGCCAAAAUAAUUUACUACCUGUGGCAUUUUUUCGUCAUGGGUUCCCGCAUUGCUGGUGUUGGGGCUGUUGCGGCUUUUUGGCCAUCACAGACGAAAAUCCUGACUGUGAUUCAUUGGACUCUCAUGACAACUUGGCUCCUAACCACCGUUAAACCAACUCACUUUUCCAACUUUAAUAAUUUCUGGCAUUUUCUGUUCUGUUCAGUUUUCGGAGCCGUGUAUUUUUUUAAUCCUGUGAAUCUCGGAAAUCAACCAACACGAGCGAAAUAUCUUUGCUUUUAUCUCAUAAUGUUUGUGGAAAAUGUUGUAGCUAAUGUUGGUUGGUUUGUUGCAGACAACGAAGUUACUCCCGUUUGGAAAAUAGCGUUCGUUGCUUUUAAUCAAUUCCUUUUUGUGUUCGGGAUUGGUUUUAUGGUAACUUAUUACGUUAAAUUCCACCCAAGCAAUACUCAAAAGGGUGCGCCUCAAAAUGUUGAACCUCUUCAAGAGACUGCUGUUUAAUGUGAUUUGAUAGGUAACAAAUCUGUGUUCAGUAUUGAUUGCCGUUUUUUACAGAAAUGAUGUAAAUUAGAUGAAUUUUUUAACAGUGCCAUUACUAACACAAAUGAUGUGAUAAUAGUCUACAUAUCAUAAUUAGAUGUUGUUGCCUACUGUUAUUUAUAAUAAUUUAUUAUAUUUCAAAUUGAAUUAUUGCAUAAAUUAGGUAUAUUGAAUAUAAGAUACCUAAGUUUUUGUAUUUUUAUAUUUUGACAAUUUCGGCUUUAAAUAUUUCUAAGUAAAUAAAUUGUUUCUUUUUUGCAA